AUGGGUGUUUAUGUGUCGAUUAUGGACGCCGAUCAAACUCCAGAAGAAAAGGAGGCAAAAUUGGCGCAGUUCCAGAUGGAUCAAGACCGUCCCGCUCAGGUUAUGGAAGAUCCCAGCGAGGAAGGUUUUGUUCGUGAAUAUCCGCCUUUCAAGGCCGGAUCCACAACGGAGAGACACGGUGCAAGAGUCAUGCUGGUCUCCAGUGUUAUCAACGCUGGAUUGACUUGUCAUAGAGCAUCCAUUUUGUUCAUUGUGGACCCUAUCUUUGAGGAAAAUCUACUUCGAGCUGCCAACCUCAAGCGCGAUGCUGCUGAAUCUUCCCUCCUUGGGACUCGUUCAGUCAAAGACUUACAAUAUAACCAAAAUGCGGAGCCUGAUAAGGAUGCUUCUUCAUCAUCUACAAUUCCAUCCCCUCAAAAGCGUGACACCACUGAGAAGGACAAGACACAACGAAGAAGAAAAGUAGAACAGUUUUUGGUUCUUCCCUUUUUCAGCUCUGGUUCAUGUACGUUUUCAACUGCUCAAGAGGAAGAGGAUAAAAGUUCUUCCAAAUCUACUCCCUCGGAUCCAGGACAGGCUCCCUCUCAGAAACGCCCAAUUUAA